AUAUAUUUAAAAAAAUAUUAGCUAAGCUAACUGGAAAUAUUCUAUAUUACUUCUUGUGAUACUAACUUAUAUCACACUUCAGAUUUUGAUGACCGCUAAAACCAGAUUUGACAACAAUUGUGGAAAUAAACAUAUGAACAUCGGAAAUAAUAUAAAAUGGCACAGCGACUGAGUAAAAGUAUCCACAAAUUUGACAACUUUUACCGUAGCAACACAGCUCCACCACAAAAAAACUAGUCAACAUGAAAGCCGCCAUCAUCUUCGCCUGCCUUUUGGCUGUUGCCUUCGCUCGCCCAGAGGUCUCCAUCGUUCGUCAGGAUUCUGAUGUUCUGCCAGAAAGCUACAAUUUCGAAGUUGAAACAAGUGAUGGAACCCAACACGCUUCAUCCGGUGUCUUGCAAAAUGUUGGUUCAGAUCACGAAUCCAUCGCCGUAAAAGGUUCCUACUCGUGGGUAGAUGAGAAGACUGGUGAGAAAUUCACCCUUACCUAUAUUGCUGAUGAGAACGGUUUCCAACCACAAGGUGCUCAUUUGCCAGUUGCUCCAGUUGUCUAAAUUUGUGAUCAAAGGAAAUUGGGGUUUUGUUAAUGUUUUUUAAUUGAAAAUAAAUUAAUUGCAAUAUUUGAAA